CUGUUUGGUCUGUUUAGGAAAUCUUCUGUUCCAGUCCAUGAAACAGACUGCUGCCCUCCGAAAAUAGGAUAAAAUCAUAGUACUGUUUAGGGCUUCUCCUCCAUUGCGAGUAUUAUUAACUUAAAUUCAGAGGGUGGUGAGAUUUACAAGAAGAAGAAGACGAAAUGUGUUCCAAUUGAUUGAGCUGCCCUUUAAUCACCACCAAUUCUACCAGGUGCAAGUUUAAUGGCGCCUGAUCAGUUACAGGAAGAGUUAAGGAGACUGCAGGAUCUUGUUACUAGAUUAUCUGCAGAAGUAAGUGAAAAGAAUCAAGACUUGGAAUUCAAGGAUAAAGUGUUGGAAGAACGUACGACGUUCCUUAGUAUGAUGACUGAGGAGAGAGAUCACAUAUAUCAACUUUAUAAUGAAGAAAAGAGAAAAACGGAGAGGAUUGUGUAUGAGAAUGAAAUGUUGAUGAGAGAGUUAGUGACUCAAAGGAAAGAAAUCAAGCUGCAGGGUAAGGAAAUCGAGAAGCUUGAAGCACAAUUGGAUUUUAAAAGCAAUCAACUUCUUGUUUUAAGUGAAGAGGUUACAAGAAACCGAAACAUUAAUAUGAGUAGUGGAGACAAUGUUCAACUGCAGUUGAAUCUGAAUAGUUUCCGCGAAGAACUGGAAGAGAUAGACUAUGAAUCGGAUAGUGAGCCUAACCUGAAUCAAACCCUCAUCGGCAAAGAGCACAGGAGUAACCAUGAUCUACACGAGGUGCACAAAGUUUUAAACGAGGAAGUUAAAAGGGAAGAUCACGAAAAAUUGACAAAGCCGAUGGAUGAAUGGGGCGAGGAGGAUUUUGAAGGCAGUGGAGGAGAAGAAUGCAAUGACUUUCAAGAUAUGUUUCCUCCAAUCCCACCACCAGAAUCUUUUGAUAUGUCGAACAACAGCCCAGAUCUUUCCAGUGACCUCCCUGUUCCGGAUGAUGAAACUGCUGGAUUUCAGUGGUUAUCAACCUUUGUUGAGGAUUCUCUGUCAGAUGGCGGCAUUACUCUGGACAUGGGCUUCUGUAAGAACAGUAAGAAGGAUGACUCGUGUCGGCUCCGUACAUCAAACCCAGUUGCGGUCCUUAAGAAUAGCAGCUCUUGCCCUGGUGGAGAGCCAAUUCUUUCCAGUCCUGACACAGUUGUUCCUGGACGUGUACGGAGCAAGCGCCCACGACCUGCAAACUUUAAUCAACGAGCUGCUCUAAACUUAGUCUCUCCCACUUCAUGCAUAACCAACGCCCAAGACAGCUCCUAUUUAUUAUCAGAGUCUGAGAAUUUCGCAGAAUCCCAUUUACCAUAUACACCCAAAGUUAAUGGCAAAGAACAGAAGAAGAAGAAGAAAAAGAGGAAGAGACUGCCACCAUCUGUGCCAAGUAAUAGGUCAGACCAUGGCACGCUUCAACAACAGCAGCAGCCUGGUGGGGCAGUUAAAAAAUGUUCGCAUUGUGAGAUAACAAAGACCCCACAAUGGAGAGAAGGCCCACUGGGUCCCAGUACCCUCUGUAACGCUUGUGGAGUUUGUUACAAGAGAGGGAGACUCUUGCCUGAAUACCGGCCUGCCACAAGUCCUACAUUCGUACCUUCACUACACUCCAACACUCACAAGAAGGUCCUGGCAAUGAGGAUCGAAGGUACACCUGGCGACAUGAAUCCAAGAAAUUCAGCUCCAGAAUUCUUGCCAGCAAGCAACACCCAUGUGCCUGAAAGCUCACAAGUUGAAGCUUGUAAAAGAUAAAUAGUCGAAGUUCCUUCUUCCAUUUAAACUUUUAUUAUUUUUUUUUGUUUUAUUUAUUUGUACGUUGUACAGAGUUGGAAUGGAAAGGAGGAUAGGAGCAAAUAGAUGACCAACAAUGUGUUAGCUGCUAGAAAGAGGGAAAAUAAGGCUUAGGUUCAGAAUUUAGAAUGUCUUAGAGAAGACGAAGAAGAAAGCUUUAGAUCCUCUCCUCUCUUUUUUUCUUUUUAGUUUCGAAGCAUGUUGAAGCUUUAGAUCCUUUAGGCAUAUUUUGGAAGCUUUUUUUCCUUCAGAAUGCUGGAUUGCACUUCUUUUUCUUCUUGUAGGUGUAGUGUUCAUGUCAGUGUCCCUUGAAGUGAAUGUGAACUCUUUCUGUAAAACCAUUCUAUUGGUUUCAAAUCCUUAAAAACCUUAAAGCCGUCGAAUAGUGGGCAAUAACAAAA